AUUUACCUACCACUAAACCCUAAGCCCUUCCGUUAAAACUCACUUUCUCCGUUGCCGCCACGCGCUCACUCCGCCACUCCCACUCCCCCCUCCGCCGCUCCACUUCUCCUCCGUCGCGAAAACCCUAGAAACUACCGACCCCCUCGGCCCGCCGUCAUGUCGUCCCCGCCGCCGGCUGUCGCGUCGCCUGCCUCUGAGCAAGCCAAAUCGAAGAAGAAGAAGCAUAAAUCGAAGAACGACACCGUUGCCGCUGACCCGCCGUCGCUUGCUGAGGCCGAGGAGAAAACUGAUGGCUACCUCAUCAAGCCGCAGUCCCUUGUACCUUCCCUCGACACCUCCACCUGGCCGCUCCUCCUCAAGAACUACGACCGCCUCAACGUCCGCACCGGCCACUACACCCCGCUACCCUCCGGCCACUCGCCGCUCAAGCGCCCCCUCGCCGAGCAUCUCCGUUACGGCGUCAUCAACCUCGACAAGCCGUCGAACCCGUCCUCCCACGAGGUGGUCGCCUGGAUCAAGCGCAUCCUCCGCGCCGAGAAGACCGGUCACAGCGGCACGCUCGACCCCAAGGUCACAGGCAAUCUCAUCGUCUGCAUCGACCGCGCCACGCGCCUCGUCAAGUCGCAGCAGGGCGCCGGCAAGGAGUACGUCUGCGUCGCCCGCUUCCACGCCGCCGUGCCGGACACCGCGCGAGUGGCCCGAGCGCUAGAGGCGCUCACUGGCGCCGUGUUCCAGCGCCCACCGCUUAUCUCUGCAGUCAAGCGCCAGCUCAGGGUGCGAACAAUCUACGAGAGCAAGCUCCUGGAGCACGAUCCCGAGCGUCACCUUGCCGUGUUCUGGAUCUCCUGCGAGGCAGGUACCUACGUCCGGACUCUCUGUGUGCACCUUGGGCUGCUCCUUGGUGUUGGUGCGCAUAUGCAGGAACUGCGCCGUGUCAGGUCGGGGAUCCUCGGGGAGCAGGACAACAUGGUCACCAUGCACGAUGUGAUGGACGCGAUGUGGUCGCUCGACAACUACAAGGAUGAGUCAUACUUGAGGCGUGUCGUGAUGCCACUAGAGGUACUGCUCACUAGCUACAAGAGGCUUGUUGUGAAGGACUCUGCUGUAAAUGCUAUCUGCUAUGGUGCUAAGCUUAUGAUUCCUGGGUUGCUCCGAUUUGAGAAUGAUAUUGAGACUGGGGAGGAGGUGGUUCUCAUGACGACGAAAGGGGAGGCUAUUGCUAUUGGUAUUGCUGAGAUGACUACUGCUGUGAUGGCGACCUGUGAUCAUGGUGCAGUUGCAAAGAUCAAGAGGGUGGUGAUGGACAGAGAUACAUACCCGAGGAAGUGGGGGCUUGGCCCGGUGGCACUCAAGAAGAAAAAACUGGUUGCUGAGGGUCUCCUUGACAAGCAUGGGAAGCCAAAUGAGAAAACGCCAGCUGAAUGGCUUCGGAAUGUGGUGCUUCCCACUGGUGGUGAUGUCUCAAUUGCCAGCAUUGCAGCUGCUCCUGAGCCAGAGAAGGUGAAGGUGGAGCAGGACACAGCUGUGACUGAAGAAGUCAAGGAGAAUAAAAAGAAGAGGCGGAAGGAUGAUGAGGACAAUGAUGCCGAUGCUUCUAUUCCUGCGAAGAAGAUCAAGGUUGAGGAAGCUGCUGAAGCAGUGGAAGGGGAGAAGAGUGAGAAGAAGAAAAAGAAAGGCAAGGGGGAAUCAAGAUCAGCUAAAGCUGUGGAGGUCAAGGAGGAGGUUGAUGCAGCUGAUGAGAAGGGGAGUGAAAAGAAGAAGAAGAAGAAGAGCAAGGAAGGAAGUGAUGCUGAUCCAGAGAGUGCUCAGAAUGGAGAUGAUGGCACACAUGCUGAGAGAAGUGAGAAGAAAAAGGAGAAGAAAAAGAAGAACCGAGAUACAGAGGGGACACAAUAGUUGUAGUUUAUGUUGGCUGGUUACCUUUAUUUAAAGUUGUCGGGGAAGAUUGAAAUACUUUUCUUGCUUCCCUUGUGUCUGCUGUGCCUAAUGUACCAUCCUUAGGUAGUUAGGUUAUUGCUAUUCUACUGCUUUGAAUUGCUAUGCCAAGUGGUGAUAUUUUCAUUGGAACUCUUGAACGAUGGCUCAUACCAGAUAAUGCAAUGAGUUCUGCUCUCAUCUUGAUUUGCAUGGCUCCUUGAGCUAAAGUAGCAAAUCUUAGUUUGUAUUGGAUCUCAACAUCUACACCACACUGGGAGUAGCUUAUGAUCUGGCUACAUUUUUUAGUGAACUGAGGGCCUAUGUUACUCCCCCUAAAUUGUUUUUCAUGCUUUGGCUCACUGAUUUAGAAAAAUUAUAAACUUUGCUUUGCCAAAUGUUUUCUUGGCUCUCAAGAGAUGCAUUUCUAUUUUGGUCCAUGGUGCCAAGGUAAAAGGAAUGCUUAGGGUGUAUUUACUCUAGGUUGUUGCUUUUACCAUUUUCACCUGAAUUCUUGAGGUUGCUAUUAUCAUUUAUUCAUAAUGUUUGCUGAGUUGUACUUUAUGUCAUUGUAGGUUGUCACGUCGUACGCCACUUGAAUUCCAGCUGUUUCUAAGGACCAAUAUUCUUGUUCCUCGCAUGAUUGUUCAUUUGGACUGUAAGUAUUGGUAAAAUGGUAACUAUGUGUAUUUGGGGUUUUGUUGAGAUGUGAUAAGGGCAAAAUUGUGUUGCUAACCACACGUUGCUUUCUAGUUAGUAUCGUGCUUGCUCAUUCUUUUCUUUAUCAGGAUGAGGUUAGGCAUAACUUGUGAACUGGUUAUCAGACUGGCACUUGGCUCCAACCAUCAAGAUGCCAGGGUGGUACUUCAUAUUCUUAAGUGAACAUACAAUGCACUCAAGUAUUUUGAGCUAACACAGUGGUGUUUUGGGUCUGCAUCCCCGAGGGAUCCUCUCAACUGGGACUUUAAUGGUUAAAUUCAGUUCCGGAGAAUGUUCAAAGUGCAUGAUGGGUUUAUUGAGGCAAUUGUCCCUGCCAGGAUCAAACCCUAGCUGUUGUAGAGCGCCCUUUGCUCUAUCAGGAAUCGGAGGAAUUGAGGUUAGCCCUAGCUGUCGGAGGACUUUAAUGGUUAAAUUCAGUUCCGGAGAAUGUUCAGAAAGUGCAGGUAUGCUGCUAAAUUCAAUAUGUGCAUUGUAUAAUCAAAAUCCAGCAUGAUCAUAAGUUAGGUAUGCAAACGUUAAGACUAAAUGUCAUGUGGCUUUAAUCUUGUCAGUUUACACCAUUCUUAAUGUUUAUCGGAAACCUGUUUGAACAUCUCUGCGUACAAAUAUUCUCAACUACAAAGCAUAAUUUCCGCUAGUGAUUGUUUAGGUGGAAAGAUUGGCAAGAGCAAUGUUUUCAAGUCUAACCUAGUCCUAUAGCUACCGACCAGUCGCGAUUAGUUGUCGACCAGAUUGACUAAUCGACCCUAGUUGAGCUGGUAGACCAUUUUGUCGUCCAUAUGUUUCUGGAUAUAUAUACUUAUAUAUUAUAUAAUAAUAAAUAAUAAAAUGUAGUAUAUAUAAUUACAAUACAAUAUAGCAACAUCAAGCAUCAAGAUGGUGACUUACUAUAUGUUUGUUGUUCGUAACUCCCCAUUCCUUCUCCAAAACUCCAUGUUCUUGCUGAUUUGCUGCUGAAAUAACAAAGAAUUGAAGUAAUAAGUACAAAAAUAGGUGUAAACUCUAAAGUCACUAUCAUCUAUUAGCAUUAGCCAUUAGGAAAACACAACAGCUGAACAGCAUACAUAACCAAGCAAUAUUCAACAGUGCAGCAGUCUGCUAGCAACAGUAGCAGUACAGCACUGCACUACACCAUCUAAACCAUGUUCUCAAGUCCAACAAUGCAAACGUAAAGUAGAAAACAGCAGCUUGCAGCUGCUAGGCCUAGCAAUACAGCGACACAAGCAGGAUCUAAAUAGUAGGUCAUCAUUUAAAUGGAAGUCUUCUUCAUUUCUAUCUUGUGGUGGUCCAUAAGAAUCAUCCUCUUCCAUUGUUGCUGAAUCAGAUUCUUCUAGGUGGUGUUGUGCCUGAUCUCUCUCAUCACUAUCAUUUUUCUUCAGCCAUAUACUGCCCUGGUGUGUUCCUUGGACGCUUCCUUUGCCUAACAUAGGUUUGUUUGACAGGCUGUAGCACGAGCAACAGCAGCCCUAGGCAAAGUUGCGACCCAAUAGCCCUUGAGUAGCAUCAACAACCUCAUCCACAUGAGCCAAUUCCAGUCAUCAACAACACCUUCAUGAAGUGGCUCACAGUUUUCAUCAACCCAUUCACCUUCCCAUUUAAAUUCUUCAAGCAAGCUUUCUUUCCUUUGGAACUAAGCUCUCUAAUAUUUUAAAAUAUGAUUUCCAUCUUAUUAUAGCUAACAUAUACCAAAUUAUUUAGCCUUUUAUGCUCAAUCGAUUUCUCGUUUUGGUAUGCAUCUACAAAAAUACAACGCAAAAUCAGUACAUCAUAUUGUUAUGCAAGGAAUAUUAGCUACAAAGUCCAAAGUACUUACAUGAGAAACCACUGUCCAAUUACGCUCACAUCCAGAUGCAGCACAACGGAGGCUAACAAUUCUUUUUUGCUAAACUUUGGAGCUCAUAUGCUAGGCUGACAUAUGAAUUCCACCAAAGAACUGCAAUAUAAUGCACAAUUUCAUAUUAGUUAUUUGUUGCAUUACCAAAUAAAGUUGUUAGGGAAGGAAACAAUAGAAUUGUGCAGACUUACUAGGAUUUUUUUUAUCUCUAUCUCAUUGCUAAUGGCUUUGAGAAGCACCCGCUUUCUGACCUCUCAUAAUAGUCUGUUUGCUUACUAAUCUUGGUUUGCUCAUCAUCAUCUCUCACCAUCUUCCACAAACACAUCAAUGGGCAUGCUUUACGUGUGUUGGUAUUAAUCACCAAAAAGGGAGAUUGGAGGGAAAUGUGCCAUACAACUUUUUCUACCUGUUUUGGUGAUUAAGUGUUCAACACACCACAUUGAACUAACUACUUUGAUGUGAGUAUAAUCGCAUGUUCAAGUAAAGGCAAAUUGAAGGAACUAAGUCCAAAUGAGCAAAUAUGGAGGUUAAAAGUGCAACUUUAGGUAAAACAAUAUAAACAAGAGGUUUAAAUUUUUGAAUAAAUUGCACAUACCCUAUUUUAUGUUUCUAGCACUUUGGUUUGGCUUCUAACUCAUUUAUGCAAGAAAAGUGUAUUUUGGAUUUGGUAUUGGCCAUAUUGAAAAACCCUGGCGAAACUAUGGAGAAGAGGUAAGUUCCCUACACUUGGGACUAGUUUGAGAACUCCAUUUUUCCAAGGGAUUCCUAUUUUUCUAAAGAAAAAUGAGUUAUUUUUCCUUAGGAAAAUGAAUAUCACUUAAUAAAAUAGGUUUCUCAAACUAACAUUUAGUCAAUUGAAUUACAUGCUAAUUAUGUUUGUCUAAGUUAUAGGAAAACCCUCAAAGAAAUCUAAAAAAGUUUGGAGGAGAUAGGCUAAAAGAGCCUUAUCUGGUAUCGUUUGGACCGCAACGGACUGGUCUGGUGGUGCACCGAAUAAGAUCAGUGCGUCCUAGUCAUACUGCUUGUUAUUUUUUUAUUAAGAAUCUCUGGACCUUUACUGUUCACGACCCGUUGUUCUGCCAGAUCGCCUCCAACAGUUGACAUCUCCGCGUGCAGGCGAGUCAACAGAUAGGCUCGGUCUGGUGGCACAAUGGACCGAUCUGGUGCCCGCCAGAUGAAGAAGGCACACAAUUAGAUCUAGAUUGGGGGCACAUGGACCUAAUCCGGUGCGCCGCAAACGACCUAAAUCUACAUUUUUACAAGGAGGCAACGACUCCUUAGCGUCAUGGGGCUAUAAAUAGAGCCCCCCUAGGCGCCUCAAACCAGUACCUAAGUACUCUAAGAGCACAACAACACUUCGACACUUUGCAGUAUAGCGUUCUAAGACCAACUCCAGCAGACUCCCUCUCCGUAUCCCUAAAACGCGUGGCCAACACAUUCUCUCUCCUCUCCGUCUCCGUUUCCAGCAACACUCCCCAUCCCACUCCGCAUGCAGUCUAUGACACCUGGGGCCCGCGAGCAGCCGCGCGCGCACGCAGAGAGCUGCGGAGAGGAGAGAGAAAGCGUGGAAAUGGGGAGUGCAGGGACACGGCGUCUAUUUUGCGGAGACGGAUGCGGAGCCUGCUGGAGAGCGCAAUAGUGCCUCAGACCGUGCAAAAUGCGGAUGCGGAGUGGGAUGGGGAGUGUUGCUGGAGUUGGUCUAAUGAUUUAGUGAGAUUUAAGUGACAAUACUGAGCUGUUCUUGUGUCUUUGUGCAAUCGUGAUGUUCCUUCUUGCGUGUGUUGCUGUGAUUUGCUCUUGUAUGCGUACUUUUUUUCUCUCCACUUUACUAUUUUGUAAGGCUGUAAGAGACUCCAGUUUGUGGAGAUUCCUUGCAAACCGGAACACACUUGUUAUAAGGAAGUAUUGUGGCACUCAA